GGAUAGGGAGUGGGCAUGGCGGCCGCCGUCCACCUCCACCUCCACCUCCACCACCAUUACCUCCUCCGUCCAUGUCCGCCGCCUCGGCGAGCCUGCUUCUUCUCCUCGCCGUGGCGCUCUCUCCCGCUCCCGCCCGCCCGCCUCCGCUCCUCCUUCCCCGCCCCCACCUCCCACUUGGCCGUCGCCGGCACAGAUGAGCGGGAUGCGGAGGAGAAGGAGGAGUUCGUGGUCGUUACCUUCUACAAGCUGGCUCCCGUGGAGGACCCCCGCGCCGAGGUGGCCGCGCACCUCCACUUCCUCCAGGGACGAGACAUACACGGUCGCAUCUACAUGAACGAGCAGGGGAUCAACGCUCAGUACAGUGGUCCGCGCAAAGAUGCAAUGGCGUACGCGGACUGGCUCAGGACAGACCCUCGCUUCUCUGAUAUACUCGUCCAAGUUUCGCCAGCGUUAACCGGGCAUGCUUUUCCUCGCCUCAAACUGCGCUACAAACAAUCACUUGUUCAGUUGGAAGGAGGGAGUUGUCAUCUUCCUUUGGUGGAACCUAGCAUGCGCGCUUCACCACUGACCCCAUCCGAGUGGAGGGAGAAACUUGAAGCUAGGAAACGCCUUGAAACCGAAGCAGCUGGAGAUACCUCUGAACGAAAGCUUUUGCUCCUUGAUGUUAGGAACGACUAUGAAUGGGACAUUGGGCAUUUUGAAGGAGCCAAGAGGCCUAACGUGGACUGCUUCAGAAGCACUUCAUUUGGGCUGUCAGAGCAGGAGAUUGAUUCGACGGACCCUCUGCAUGGGGUAGACAAAGAGAAGACAGACAUAUUAAUGUACUGCACAGGUGGCAUAAGAUGUGACGUAUACUCAACGAUUUUGAGGGAGAAGGGUUUCGGGAACCUGUACACUCUCAAGGGAGGCGUGUCCAACUACCUGAAGAUGGAAGGGAGCGCGGAGUGGGUUGGUAACCUGUUUGUGUUUGACGACCGGCUGUCCCUGCCACCGGCCAAGUUUGCAGAGGCAGAAGGCGCAGGAGAAGAAGGUGGUGGCGACAAGGGGGAGGUGUGGUCGUCGCGAUGGCUGGGGCGGUGCUACGUGUGCGGGUCGGAGGUGGAGGAGCUGCGGCACCGCAACUGCGCCAGCAUCGACUGCAACCGGCUCUACCUGUGCUGUGGUGGGUGCUUGGAGGAGCUGAGGGGCUGCUGCUGUAGGGAGUGCAGGGGCGCGCCACGGCUGCGGCCGCUGCUGCCGGGGCACCAGAGAUACGACAAGUGGCAUCUGUACCGCGACGGACGACCAUCUCAAGCUGAGCUGAGCUGAGCUGAGGAUCGUGCUACGAGGAACAUACUUCUUAGAGGUCGCUACCGCCAUGGUCUAUAUGCGCUUGACGCCCCCACCGACGUUCCCGCUCCUGCUGCUGCGUUCCAAGUCUUCAGUGGCGUCUGUGUGUCUCCAUCACUAUGGCACUCUCGUCUUGGUCACCCAGCAUCUCCCAUUGUUCGCCAUGUCCUCCAUCGUCAUGAGCUGCCGUCCGAGUCUAGUAAUAAAGAUGCCUCUGUCUGUGAUGCCUGCCAGCAGGGCAAGAGUCAUCAGUUACCUUUUUCUGUUUCUACACAUAUAGUCAAAACUCCUCUUGAGCUUGUGUUUUCAGAUGUAUGGGGUCCUGCCCAGCUGUCCGUUAGUGGGCACGAAUAUUAUGUCAGUUUCA